CGGUGCUGCCCUUUGGAAGGAGAGUUGCGGCACUCAGCCCCUUCCCCCGCCACUCCCGCUCUCCCCACCCCAGUGUCUGUUGUUGGAGAAGAGAGGUGUCAGGUUACCGCAGCGGGGGCUAUAGUUAGCCGCGGGACUUUUUUGAUCCAUGAGACUCCGGGGACUGGGGACAGGGGACAGCGCAGCGCCGGCGCAGACUUUAGCCCCCGCCGCCCUGAACCUUCUGUGCUCUUCCCGCUCGCAGCUUCCGCAACCUCCAGGUCAGGAGCGGGACCAGGGACCCUCACAUCACAGAAGAAGGGCUCCUGGUCUCUGUCCCGCAGCCCAUCGAAGCCAAGACUCCACUCUCAUCCGGACCUCACCCUCCUAAGUCUCCCUCAGGGAUAAUGCUGGUGACUCUGUUGAUCGCCCUCAGCUGCCUGGGCCUCCACACCCUCUGGCAGGCCCAGUCUGUUCCUAUCCUGUCCCUGGGCCUGGCUCCAGACACCUUCGAUGAUACCUAUGUGGGUUGCUCAGAGGAGAUGGAGGAGAAGGCAGCCCUUCUGUUAAAGGAGGAGAUGGCCUGCCAUGCCCUGCUGCGGGAAUCCUGGGAGACAGCCCAGGAGGCCUGGGAGCACAGGCAUCGAGGGCUCACCCUGCCCUCUGGCUUCAAAGCCCAUCAUGGAAUUGCCAUCAUGGUCUACACCAACUCAUCCAACACUCUGUACCGGGAACUGAACUGGGCCGUGCGGACAGGAGGCAGCUCCUGGGAGGUCUACAUGGAGUACUUCCCCUUCAAGGCCCUGCAUUUCUACCUGACCCGGGCCCUGCAGCUGCUGCGAGGCAGCGGAAGCUGCAGCAUGGGACCUGGGGAGGAGGUGUUCCGAGGCGUGGGCACCCUUCGCUUUGAACCCAAGAGGCUGGGGGACUCUGUCCGCUUGGGCCAGUUUGCCUCCAGCUCCCUGGAUGAGUCAGUGGCCCGCAGAUUUGGUAAUGCCACCUUCUUUUUUCUAAGGACUUGCUUUGGGGCCCCAAUCCAUGCCCUGUCUGUCUUUCCGGAGGAGCGUGAGGUGCUGAUACCCCCGCAUGAAGUCUUCUUGGUCACCAGUUUCUCCCAGGAUGGAACCCAGAACCUAGUGACUCUCUCAAGCAGUAAUCAGAUCUGCAGCCACUUUAACUGCGCCUAUCUGGGUGAGAAGAAGAGGCUGAGCUGUGAGUCUGUGCCAACAGGAGGGCAGCCAGACUCAUCCUCCAAGGGCGCCUUCUCUCUGCUCUCCUGGAAGACCCUGCUCUUGGCCUCUUGGGGGUUUCAGCUGUUAGUUGCUGGGCCCUGAAAGUUCAAUGCCUGCCACUUAGGAGUCCUGGGAACUGGUGAUUUUCAUAUGAAGAAGAGCGGCUUCGAAGAGCCUGGAGAAGCAAGAACAUAGUUUCGGACCCAGUGCUGGCAGCCAUCUCCCCAACCAGGAUGUCGAGGGAUCUGAGGCCAUGGUAGGGUGGAGGGAGCCUUGCUAUGGUGGUGGGGACUCCCUGGGACAAGGGUACUACUGUGAUGGCCACUCAAUUAAACAGUGUUGUGGUGUGGUGACAUCAAAUAUCAUGAUUGGUUUAUUCCAUGAGAUUAGACCAUCUGCUCUGUUCUGGCCUUGUGGGACUCAGGGACUGAGGGACUAAAAAGAAUAACUUCUUGAUCACGUUUAGUUAUGGUCCCCUGUGCCGACCCCCAUCACACACCAUAAUUUGCAAA